GCUGUGUCGGUCUCGCAGAUCCUAGACGCCAAUUUGUCGCUCAGCCGAGGAAGAGAAGUAGAAUAGUGACCGCAGUCUAAGCUUGCUGCACGGGUCGGAUCCGGAGGCACGAUGAAGACAAAUAGAAUCGUGACGAUUGAAAGUGCGUUCUUACGCGAAGGCUAGUAUUUAUGCAGGUUCAUUUUCCUACAGCGCGUAUAGACACAUGAGUAGAUCUAGAACUGAGGGAAUACUAGAGGAAAAGAAAGCAUAUUUAAGCAAGGAGCGGUGUUUCUAGUGAUACAGAUCGGAAAACUAAAAGAAAGUGGAGACGUGGAAGUGGAGACUUGUCAGUGUCUGAUGGUGCGUGUUGACAGGAACCGAAAGGGUCCUCCGAGACAAGAUCUGCUUUCUUUAUUAAUCGUGCUACUUGUAUAUUUAUCUUUCCUAGUUUUCUUACUCAACAUCUAUCUUGACUGCAAAGUAGAAAGACAUCAUUUCAAAACCAUCACUCUUUCUACGUUCGUUCUUACAAGAAGCAACAUUUAUGGCAACUCAGCAAACUGAGUGAUUCACUAGACCUCUUAGAACACGUAGUACCACAACACGAGAUGCUCAUGAACAGCAAUCCCAGAUUAGAUAAAAAGCCCAAAAUUAUCCGAGAAAGCGAAGAAACCGAAACGGGCUCCCUAAACCCAUAAUUGUCACAUAAAGUUAACGAUUUGUCUACCUCACAUCAACUUCAAGAUAGAUCAAGAUAUCUUCACCUAGGUUAUGCUUACAAUUUGCUUAGAGAAGUUCCUCAAUUUAGUAUAAUGAAACGUGUAGCUGUACAGAGAUUUUCCACAAGAGCGUGGACGUUGCGAGAUGUGAUUGGUCGUGCGUCUUAUCACUAUUGAUUGUUGCGUCUUAUGACUAGUAUGUGUUGGAUCCACGUUCCCAGAUAAGUAAUACUAGCGCUAUUGGUGGACCCUAAAUUACUAUCAAGCCCUUCUGUAGUGUCUAUCGAUUCAUUGGGCCCGUCUUGUUACUACUGACCGCUUCAUUCCGCAGACCCCAUGUGCUACGUCCUCUCUUAUGCAGUCUGUUUUUGGAUCGGAGAAAGGGCACUCAUGAUUUUCAGAAACCGUUUAUUUCUGGCACACAACGAAAUGUGGUUU